UUUCUCUUUCAAAGCCCCUCUCUCUCCCCCCCCCAAAUCGAAGCGUCUGCGGGAAGCCAGCCGCUAAUUCCUUUCUCCGGGGCGUCGCAAUUCGGGAAAUUUCUCCCGCGGUCUUUUGCAGUUAACGGAUGCCGACACUGAGGUCUGCCACCCGGAGGGACCCGUCGCUCUCUCUUCCGUCGCCAGGGCUCCGGGACGAAUCAUCAUCCAAGGCGAGGAGUCGGAGCGCUUCGCCGGCAUCGACGGAAAAUGGAACUCCACCUAACUCCGACGGCGAGAGGAAGGAGCUUGCGGGGUCGAGUCCGUGCAACAACCCCAGGGGUCCGGCUUGCACAAGGAAGAGCCUUCGGUUUGCUUCCCAGAAUGAUGAACGUGAGAAGAGGCAGGGUGGAUGUGAUCGGGUUUAUUUACCGUCCCCGCGGUCGUCUGCGGGUGAGCCGCGGUCUCCUGAUAGUUCUCUUUCUCGCGCCCCUGCUUCUUCUUCUCCGGCUGCGGACAAGAGAGGGUCUGCUUCUGGUAAAGAUGAAAGCAACAUAAGGUUUGUUCCAAACGAUACCUGUCUUUCGGAUACGAGGAGAAAAAGCGCUCGACUUGCGUGGAAGGGUCAUGAGGACGGUAAUGGAGCAGAUAGUUCGAAGCAUGUCUCUAUUUUACCUGUAAACGGGAGGAACUUAUCAGAAAAAGGUGACGCCAACGACGCAGGGGAUCCUUGUUUAGCCCAUAAGCGGAAGGUUGUUGGAAAAAAACGGCUUACUGCCCCGCAACCAGCAGAUUGUGCACCGAGUACUGCCGAUGAUGCGGUUAGGGUUUCGGAAACAACAGUUAGUAAACUAACUGCUCCUGACGAUGAGUCAAUUUUGGUCCCUGCAACUAAUCCGCCCUCAGUAGAAGGUGUUUCGGGAGGCGGUAUGGGGGCUAAUGAAGGGGAGACGGGGUCCAGCCAUAAAGGUGGUAUGGGUGGAAGAAAGAGAAAUAAUGAGUCUAGAGGAACUGCUCCACUACGAUCUAGUCAAAGAGUUGCAUCUAAGCGUAAGAUUUCAUCAUGUCCUCUUGAAGACAUCCCCGCUGACCAGGGAGAAAAUAGUGCCUUGGGAGAAGGAGAUACUAUUUCCGAAACUGGUUUGAAUCACCCCGCCAAGGAGGAUGGCGGAGGCACGGGACGUUUCAUUAUAGAGAUGAACUAUCCUGACCGUGCAAAUCGGGCUGAUGGUGAGGACGGGCAAUCUCGUCUUCCUGUUUCUCCGCAUACUUCUGAACACAAUGAUGGAGGUAGACAUGAUGAGAGGCCAAAAGUACCCGAUCUCAAUCUUAUAGGCAUGGAGGCAACCGAUGUUAAGUUUCCUGCUGAUGGUGUACAUACUGAAAAACACAGGGGAGGUUCUUGCUCCGGAAGUAGCCUUAUGGUCUCGAAAGGUUCUGCAUCAAGAACGUCGGUUGAGAAAGGCAAGCAGAUAAUUGAGAUAAGUGACGAUGAAGCAGAAGCAAAUGGACACGAUGCUACAGUAAUGGGGUUCACGUUAGGAGCAGCGGAUCUUGACGCGCUCUGUGAAGUCGCAGAAAGAGAACUUCAGACUUAUCGACAGAUGGAGGAGGAAAAUUUGGGAGUUCUGGGCAGGCAGAAGUUUCCAAAGAAAAAAAAGAAGCAACAUCCAAGAAUGACCCGACAAGAGAAUCUGGAGAAAGCAAGAAAAGCGGCCCCUGAUUUUGCGUACUAUAAGGGCGGGCAAUCUUCAUAUCUCCUAACAAACAAUGAUAAUGGCGGUUCCGCACCUGAAGCUUGGCCUGGCCCAUUUUCGACAGCCUUGGAGAUUAUGAAUAUGCGAGCUGAAAGACUGGCUGAACGUGAAAAGAAACUUGCUAGUAGUCUAGAGACGCCAUUUGUUAUUGAAUGGACACCUUCCAGAGAAGGUGACAGCAAUCCGUUUUCCAGACCACGUCCUUCUCUUAAAGACUUGUGUAUGACAAAUCUUUGUGUCCACAUUGAAGAUGUGACAUCUUUUGAAGGAAUACCUGAUGAAAUUUUAAUCGAGAUAGGACAUGCACUUUGUGGUUCAAGAAGGAUGAGUUCACGGGCUAUGUGUUUGAUUCUCAGGGAUUCCCAAGUUGAAGUUCGUAUCUUGGAUUGCUCGAAUGUAACAGAGAAAAGUCUUAGAGAAGCUUGGUUUGCGAGGCGUACCUUUGACAAAUUAAAGGUACUGCAUCUCGACCUCUGUGGUCGUUGUGUAUCAGACAAUAUGCUUCAGGCUGCAUCCUCCUGCUUUUCUAAAAAUAAGUCUGGCUUGACUUCUCUCUCUUUGAAGGGAGCAUACCAACUUACGGAUGUUGGUUUGCUGGCAGUUGUUUCUGCUGCACCUACACUCAGUUCUGUAAAUUUGUCAGACUGUUCCUCUCUCACUGAAGCUGGGAUUUAUGAGCUAGCAGAUAAAUUGACAACGUCACUGAAAGAGUUGUAUAUUGAUGGCUGUCAGCAGUUGGAUGCAAUGGCUAUGCUUCAUUCAUUGCUAAAACUGAGAAAUCUGGAAGUAUUAUCAGUGGCUGGAAUCCAAUCUGUUUCUGAUGCAUUUAUAUCUUCAUUGGUCUCUGUACAUGGUCCAAAAAUGAAAGGGCUUGUACUUGCUGAUUGUGGGAAUCUGACUGAUAGUUCCAUUAAAGCUGUUGCAGCACAAUGUUCGGGCUUGUCUACUCUUAGUCUCAACAACCUGCAUAUCUUGACUGAUGCUGCUAUUAGGUGCCUUGCAGAUGGUUGUCGAUCAAUUGAAGUACUUACAGUCAAUCGCUGUUCAUUCAGUGAUGAAGCCAUUUCAGUAUUAUUGGCUGCCUCAGGACAAUCGUUGACUGAUUUUUCUGCUAAUGGAGUGAAAGAGGUCGCCCACAACACGGCUUUAUCAAUUGCAAGCUGCUGCACAAGAAGAUUAGUGCGAUUGGAUUUAUCGUGGUGCCGCAAGUUGACAGAUGAGGCGCUUGGUUUGAUUGCAGAUUCCUGUGUCUCACUUCGGGAGCUAAAGCUGUUUGGGUGUACUCAGGUAACAGCUAAAUUUCUGGAUGGCCAUUCAAACCUUCAGCUGCAAAUAAUUGGGUUGGGAGGUAAUUGUUUGAUUCCAAAGGAUUUUGCUACCCCUAUCUAAGUUCUUUCAUCUUCAUAUGUGGGAAGAACGAAUUUGGGGAGCACAUUCAUCCACUGCUUGAGAAAGUCUGCAAAGAGCUGUGCCCACGUUUCUUUUCCUGAUCUUUGUUUGUAUCUUUUUUUUUUUUUUCUUUGUCAAUAUUAGUUGCUGGAGUUUUGUUCCCUUCCAGCUAGUUUCCUGUACAAGGGCGAGGUGUAUAUGCAUUUUAUAUUUUGACAGACUGAUACAUAAAGUCCAUAUACUCUUAUUUCAUCAAUGAAUACACGAAUUACGUUUUA